GUGCGAGACGCCGUCCGAAGAGCAUUUCGCUCCUCCUGCUGCUAUACGUCUGCGCGUUUCGUUACGUGUUAUAAUCUCGUCGCGAACACCGCUCGGAAAGUUCAAUAACUUCAACUGCGGCGUGUUAUGGUUCAAGAUCAGAAGAAGUAUUAACAAACACCGUCUUGUUUUAAAAGACUUGAAGUACCAGUGCGCGCCCACGGAUAUGUCGAGGCUCGUUAGCUUUAUGGUGCUUCUGGUGGGCCUCUUAGCCUGCUGCGCUACAGCCCAGAAGAAGAACUACUCCAACUUCCCAUGCCCACCGAAGUGCAUGUGCUUUCAGAGAACCGUCAGAUGCAUGCGAAAUGAUCUUACUGAAAUUCCAAAAGCUUCAUCACAUACAACUUUUUUGGAUUUGAGAUUUAACAAGAUCCGUGACAUCAAACCGGGAACUUUUAAGGGCUUGAAGAAUGUUCGUUCUCUACUAUUGAACAACAACUUGCUUACUCAUCUUAAAAGUGGAGCAUUUUCUGGAUUGAAUCAAGUCACACAUUUGUAUUUGUACAAGAAUCGAAUACAAGAAAUCGAUGGUGAUGUUUUUCAGAAUAUGCCCAAAUUGGAAUUUUUAUAUUUACAUUAUAACGACCUUCGGGAAAUUAAAACAGGAACGUUUUCAAAUAUACCCAACUUAGAACGACUAUUCUUAUAUAAAAAUAAAAUAUCGCGAGUUUCAGCGGGUGCGUUUUCAAAUCUUCCACGACUUCAAAGACUCCGUCUCGACGCAAACUCACUAAUAUGCGAUUGCAAAUUGGCAUGGCUCGCAAGGAUGUUAAAAGAUGCUCCGUUGCAAGUUACCGCGAAUUGCAGAACUCCAACGGAGAUGAGUGGUAAAGCCUUGAAGACGAUGGAAAUGAAGGAUUUUCAUUGCAAGUCUCCUGAAAUUAUGGAAGAACCUCAAGAUUUAGAAAUAAAAAUAGGCGGAACCGCAAUUUUUAAAUGUCACGUUGAAGGUGAUCCAUCACCAUCGGUUACAUGGACGCAUAACGAGUUAGAACUUGACAUGCAUGACGAACGUCAUAAAAUACUGGGAGACGGGAGUUUAAUGAUUAGGGAUUCUAAAGAUGAUGAUAAUGGAUUUUAUGAGUGUGUAGCAAAAAAUCCUCAAGGAUUUAUUAGGUCAAGAUCGGCGAGGAUGGUUGUUUUUAAACCUGAAAAUAUUAAAAAUUUUGAAGCUCAAAAUACAGUUUCAGAUGCUUUUGAGAAACCUGUUUUUAUUGAAACACCAAAUAGUGUAACAACAUCUGAAGGUGAAAAAGAAAUCAAAUUUACUUGCAAAGCAGGGGGUUCCCCACAACCUUUUAUAUCAUGGUCAAAAUCGGGAAUCGCGAUUGCUCCUUCACAACAUUACAUCAUCGAUUCUAACGGAAAUUUAAUUAUAAAACAAGUUCAAAGAAAUGACUUUGGAACUUAUCGUUGCGAUGCCACUAAUAUUCAUGGUAGAAUUACUGCAACAGCAGAUUUAGUAAUCAAUGCUCCUCCAGUUUUUACAGCUUACCCGGAAAGUAUGAGUGUUCUGUUGGGAUCAACAGCAAGAUUUGAAUGUAGCGCAGUAGGAACACCACCGCCAGAAAUAAUUUGGUACAAACACGAUAUAGAAGUACUCAGCGAUGGAAGGAUUAAUAUCAGUGAAGAUGGAAGUCGUUUAGAAAUAAAUAACAUAAUAGAAUCUGAUGAAGCUAUAUACGUUUGCGAGGCAAGAAACGAUUUGGGUAAUCGAGAUGUUAGCGCGAAAUUAACAAUAAAGGGUAAUAUAAAUCGUACCCCAAAAUUCGUUUAUAAACCAUACGACAUGGAAGCUGUAGUUGGAAGUACAAUUGAAAUCCCGUGUAAAGCUGAGGGACAUCCAACUCCUGGAGUUCAAUGGAGAAAGGAUGGUUCUACUUUACCGAUAACAGGGCGAUAUAAAACAUCUGUAAGCGGAAAUUUAUAUAUUUAUAACGUAGCUGGAGAAGAUCAAGGUAGAUACGAAUGUUCCGCGAAUAACGAUCACGGAACUAUUUCCGCUUCUGGUUAUAUUACAAUUAAAGACGACCCUCAUCCUGCUGGGAUUAACAUCGGGGAUAGAUAUGUUAAAGUAGCCUUCUUGGAAGCGAAAUCAGAAGUAGAUGGUGCUAUAAAUAGAACCAUAAAUAAUUUGUUUCAUAGUCAUAAAGCACACGGUUCCGCUGAUUUAUUUAGAUUAAUUCGGUAUCCAAACGCGCCAGCUAGAGAAUUAGCGCGAGCAGCUGAGGUUUAUGAACGAACUUUAGUGAAUAUACGAAAACAUAUCGAACAAGGCAUGGUAAUGAACAAUACGAAAGAAUUUAAUUAUCGCGAUGUUUUGUCAACCGAACACUUAGAUUUAAUUGCUCAAUUGUCCGGUUGUAUGACUCAUCGUUUAAAAAGAAACUGCACCGACAUGUGUUUCCAUUCAAAAUAUCGUAACAUCGAUGGUACUUGUAAUAACCUUCAAAAUCCUUUGUGGGGCGCCUCUUUAACACCAUUUAGAAGAAUUUUAAAACCGAUUUACGAAAAUGGUUUUAGUACCCCAGUUGGGUGGAACAAAGAAACGAAAUAUUACGGUUUUCCAAAACCAAGUUCUAGAUUAAUUUCAACGACGCUGAUUUCAACGAAAAAAAUAACCCCGGAUACGGAAAUAACGCACAUGGUGAUGCAAUGGGGACAAUUUCUCGAUCACGAUUUAGAUCAUGCAAUUCCAUCGGUUAGUUCUGAAAGUUGGGAUGGAAUUGAUUGUAAAAAGUCUUGCGAUUACGCAGCUCCUUGUUAUCCUAUUGAUGUCCCACCAGGUGAUCCAAGAAUUCAAAAUCGACGAUGUAUCGAUUUUGUUCGAUCCUCAUCGAUUUGUGGUUCCGGGAUGACGUCGGUUUUCUUUGAUGCAAUUCAACCGAGGGAACAAAUAAAUCAACUAACAUCUUUUAUCGAUGCGUCCCAAGUUUACGGGUUCUCGGAUGAAUUAGCGAGGGAUUUAAGAGAUUUAACAACUGAAUUAGGGUUGUUACGAGUUGGUCCAACUUUUCCCGGUCGAAAACCUCUCCUUCCUUACGCUAGCACUCAAGGAAUGGAUUGUCGAAGAAAUGUAAGUGAAAGUAAUGUGAAUUGUUUCUUAGCCGGUGAUAUACGCGCGAAUGAACAAGUUGGAUUAAUCGCUAUGCAUACAGUUUGGAUGCGAGAACAUAACAGGUUAGCCAAAGAAUUAAGGAGAUUAAAUCCUCAUUGGGAGAGCGAUUUAAUUUAUCAAGAAGCAAGAAAAAUCGUUGGUGCCGCUAUGCAACAUAUAACUUAUAACGAUUGGUUACCAUUCAUUGUUGGUAAACAAGGAAUGGAAAUUUUAGGCGAAUACAAAGGAUAUAACCCAAAAACCCAUCCAUCAAUUGCAAACGUUUUUGCAACGGCAGCUUUAAGAUUUGGUCACACUUUAAUAAAUCCAAUAUUACACAGAUUAAACGAAACUUUCCAACCAAUUCAUGAAGGUCACCUUCCGUUACACAAAGCUUUCUUUUCACCUUGGCGCGUCGUCGAUGAAGGAGGAGUUGAUCCUUUAUUAAGAGGUUUAUACUCGAUUCCGGCUAAAUUGAAAAAAUCCGAUCAAAAUUUAAAUACCGAAUUAACUGAGCAACUUUUUAAAUCAGCUCACGCGGUUGCUUUGGAUUUAGCGGCUAUAAAUAUACAUAGAUCACGAGAUCACGCAAUUCCGGGUUACAUUGACUUUAGAAAGUUUUGUAACAUGACUGAUGUUGAUAAUUUCGAUGAUCUAAAGAACGAAAUAACCGAUCCUAAUGUUAGAAAAAAAUUACAAGAACUUUACGGACAUCCUGGGAAUAUAGAUGUUUGGGUUGGUGGUGUUUUGGAAGAUCAAGCACCUGGUGCGAAAGUUGGGCCAUUAUUUAGAUGCUUAUUAAUAGAACAGUUUCGAAGAUUACGUGAUGGCGAUCGAUUUUAUUACGAAAAUCCGUCUACUUUUAAACCGGAGCAAUUAACUCAAAUUAAACAAUAUUCUUUAGCACGCGUUUUAUGCGACACUGGCGAUAAUAUAACAAAAAUUACUCAUAAUGUCUUUAUUCUCCCUGGAAAACAAGGUGGAUACGUUGAUUGUAACGAAAUAAAUAAAGUUGAUUUAAGAAUGUGGUCAGAAUGUUGCAGCGAUUGCAGAUAUUCAGGUCAAUUGAAUACGAUAAGUAGAUUAAAUGCGCGAAAUCGUCGACAUCUUAACGAUGAUAUAAGUUUUCCAACUGAUAAAUUCUUAAUGAGUAACAACACCACCUUUUUGGAUUACGAUGAAAAUAUCCAUUUAAAACAGAGGAUUGUAAAACUUGAAAAAACAGUUCAAAACAUGCAAAAUACCAUCAGAAAAAUGAAUAAGAUUAUUAAGAAAUUGGAAAGAGAUGAACUCUUCUAGAAAUAACUUGUUAGUUACCAGAUGUCUAGUGAUUACUUCAUUUUUUAAUGUAAUUACUAUAAAAGAAGUUAUUUAUUUUUGCCAGUCACCCAAGAAAUAAUAUUCCCUUAUACCUUAAAUGUAUAAGCAAUCAAACUGUUAACUUAUUGGUGUAUUUUCGGAAUAACGUUUCCGUUGUUGUAGUUCCACACAUUAAACUGCCCUUAAAAUAAAAACUACUUAAUUUUUAUAUUUCUUUCUGCAUGUGAUACGCUUCAAGAAGCAUAUGUGUCAAAAAAUGUGGUAUUUUCUUAACGUUUAAUUAAAACUCCCAAACUCGGCUGUUUUUUAACUCAUCAGUUAAAAAAAACACUUAUCUAUUGUAUAAAUUUACUUAAUAACUGUAAAGGUUGAUAUAUCAAUUUCGUGCCAUUUUUGUAAUUAACCCCACUUGACUAAUAAUAAAGUUAAUAAAUGGAUAAAAUAUAAAUAU